AUGUCUCAGUAUACACCGCGUCCUCCAGAGCCACCGUGGCACCCCGGAUACUGCGUUGCGAGGACUGAUGAAAAAUCUAUAAUUUGCUAUCACGACGAACAAGUAGCUGAGCCAAUAGGCAAGCAUUUGCGGCGUAUCCGUCUAGACGAUGGAUUUGCUUCGUUCUGUAAGCACUGGCAAGGUGACGUAAUGUCAAAUUCAACAAGACGUUCAGAAUUUAAAACUAAUCCACGUGAAGUAAGUUCACGUAUAGGUAUCAGAAGCUAUCCAACAUAUUCUCAGAGUUCCUUAGGUAAGCUGACAAUGGAGUGCUUUCGCACGGAUAGCCUGCCAACACUAAAUGGAAAACAGCCCUUCUCCACAUUCCGACCAUUCAAACGACGGAAUUUGGGUUAG